AUGACUCCACCAGUUGAUCCAACAAUUGUUCUAGCUUCUUCAGAUUCAACAUCAUCAAACCAAGCUGUUGAUUCCACUCAUCCGUAUCAUUUAACAGCAUCAGAUUCACCUGGUAUGAAUCUGGUGAAUGUUACUUUUGAUGGAACAAGCUAUGGAAACUGGAAGCGAGGGGUUUUAAUAUCCCUUUCAGCUAAAAACAAAUUGAGUUUUAUAAAUCCUAAAACUGAAAUUCCAACUGAGACCUCACCUUUGUAUGGUCAAUGGCAGAGUAAAGACAUCUCUGAAAGUGUCAUUUACUCCCAAACAACAGCUGAGUUGUGGAGUGAAUUGGAAGAGAAGUACGGGCAGCCUGAUGGGUCCAAACUGUUCCAACUGCAAAGAGAUCUAAAUAACAUUAGUCAGGGUACCAGUGAUGUAGCUUCAUAUUUCACCAAGUUGAAAAGGAUUUGGGAUCAGUUAAAGGUGUUGAACACUUUUGUAACUUGCACAUGUGAGUGCAAAUGUGGAGCAAAGGCACAUAACCAGAAAAACAAUGAGGAUAUGAAGUUAAUCCAGUUUUUGAUGGGUCUAAAUGAUGCAUAUUCAGCAACAAAGGGUAAUAUACUUAUGAUGAAACCACUGCCUACUGCAGCUCAGGCCUAUUCUAUUGUGUUACACCAGGAAUCUCAAAAGCAAGUGCAUUCAGGUAUCCAUGUUUCUACUGACUCCUCACCUUUUCAUUCUACUGUUGGUUUUAAACAUCCUAACCAGUCUACUAAGAAUUGGGGAGAAGAAAGAGGUAAUAAUGGUUACAGGGGUAAUGCACAAUCAUAUACACAAACAUAUGCUGGGAAAAACAACCUGUUCUGCAUAUACUGCAAAAGGACAAAUCAUGUCAGGGACAAAUGCUAUAGGCUAAUUGGUUUCCCAGAAGAUUUCAAGUUCACAAAUCCAAAGUCUAAAAAGAGUCAAAAUGCUAAGGUAAAUGCAGUAAGAACUGAUGAGGCAGCAGGUUCAGGAGCUCAAGCUUUUGCAACAAAAACUGUGUCUGAUAUAUUUAACUCAAAGGCUUUCACAAAGGAGCAGCUUGAUCAUUUGGCUCAGAUGUUACAGUCAUUGCACUCGGGAAAUUCCCAGGAAGCUUCUGCUAAUCUAGCUGGUAUUCUGGUUGCUUUACACAUUUUUUCAAACUGUUCAAGGACUCCUGGAUCAUAG